AAGAAGGUGGUUCUUCCUAUGCUCCAGACCCCAGAGGAUGGAGCAUGGAACCAAAGGGCUUUUCAGGGGCCCCAUUUGGGUCUCAAGCAGCCAGAUUUGAUAUAUCAGCAAUUUAUCCAAAUUUCAAGAAACCUAGUACCUUCCUGCAGGCUCCUUACUCCAAAUCUGUCUGUUCAGACUUGAACCGAAGAUUAGGACCUGGCACUUACAGUACUGACCAUGGAUGCUUCAGUUUCAUCACUGUGCAGAAAUCUUCAUUCUCUACCUGGGCAAAAGCACAGGAAGCAACAAGACUCACUGAAAUGCCACAUUUUAAUUUUAAGGAAAUAUGCAAGAAAGGGAAAUUUCUGAAGCAAAAACUGGGUCCUGGAACUUACAACUAUCAAGAUUUUCUGGAGCUCCAGAAGAGUCGUCCAUGCAGCAUUAAAGGAGCUUGUAACACAGGAGAAGUAAGGUUUAAGGAUCAUAUCAGGGAUUGUUACCCUGGCCCAGGAGCAUAUGGGAAUCCUUAUAAACGUUUAGAGGAGAACGAAAAACGGUCUGUGACUGCACUUGGGAUAAUGGACAGCAAAACUGCAAAAUGCUUCACCUUUCUCAACAUGGGAAGUGGUUUGGGUCCUGGCACUUAUAAUCUCAAAAAUGGUAUAGACGAGAUGUUGAAACAAGUAGUCAGCACAAGAGGUCCCUACGACACCUUCACAGGAGACAGGUCCAAGCCGAUUAUUUGUGGACAUCGUGCUACUGAAAAAACCAUUGUUGAACUGGGAAAGGGUGAGAUUAAAAGCUUCCUCAAAGAACUGGAGUCAAAGGAGAAAAAGAAGCAUGGAAUGUUCAGCAGCCUUGCUCGGAAUCCUGGUUGCCCCCCUGAAAGGAUCUUCUGGGAGACUGUUGGCCAGUGUCCACAUAUAGCAUUCACAGCAGGGCCAGGAUCAUACGACCUAAAGCCUAUUAAGCGAUCCGAAUUUGAAAACCAACCACCAUUUUGGACGGGUGCAAAACGAUUUGACCGGAAAACAUACCGACUCUUUUUUGGAAAUAAUAACCCAGUUGGGGUUGGUCGAUAUGAUGUCACAAAGCAUGAGAAAUACCCAAAGAAGAUUAGAUACCGUUCACUUUACAAGAAUGAAGCACAGCGUUACCUUAGUGACUUGGAAAGAGACAAGUCCCUACAGGAGCGAAUCACUCCUGUUAAUAAAGGCCAGCAUCUCUCUGAAUCACUGCUGCUUACUGAAACCAAGAACAGUUAAAGCAAUCUGAUUAUGUCACACUGCUAUAGUUAAUUCUCAGACAAAUUAUGCCAACAUGACUGUAGAGACCCAACAGCUAAGACACUUACACAUUUACACCACAGGACUAUCACAAACACACAUGCAGUCAUCCCCUUAUGAUUACUCAUACCAUUUAAUCAGGGAAUUUGAUUAAUGCUUGUCUUUUUCAAAACCUGUGUACUGCAAUAAUUAUGUUACUAUUAAACAGCUGGUUGUAGUUAUCAAAAUUUUUGCUUUUGUAAUGUAAUAAAAG